UUCAUUUCUUUUCUCUCUCUCUUUUCUUUUAUCUGUUUCUUUCUUUUCGCCAUUAAUGGCUGCUCCUAACAGCUCUAAUGAACGCUUUUUUGGUGUUACAAACAUCAAAAAUCAAAUACCUGUGCUCCUUGAUGAAGAUGAGCACAACUAUGAUGCCUGGCGUGAGCUUCUUCUCACACACUGCAUGGCUUUCGACGUCUCCGGUCAUUUGGAUGGUUCUCUCCAUCCUGCCAAUGCCAACGACGAUGCUUGGUUGAAACAUGAUGGUCUGGUGAAGCUUUGGCUUUACAGCACCAUGGCGCCACCACUGUUUCGCUCCUCCUUCCAGACCGGUGGUACUGCUCGUGACGUCUGGAAUCGUGUGGAGGCUCAAUUCCGCAACAACAAAGAUGCGAGAGCCAUUCAACUCGACAACGAACUCCGCACAAUGGAGAUCGGCGACAUGACUGUUCGUGACUAUUGUCAGAAGAUGAAAUCAACAGCAGCUCUUCUAACCAAUGUUGGUACACAAGUCACCGACCGGACUCUCGUUGUGUACAUCAUAAAUGGUCUUAACGACAAGUUUGAUAACAUCAUUAACGUUAUCAAACACAAAGAUCCUUUUCCUUCUUAUGAGUCUGCCAAAUCGAUGCUUGAGUGGGAAGAGACCAGACUCAAGAAGAGUACUCGUGUCACUGCUUCACACUCAGACACCUCCUCAUCCUCAACUGCACUCACUGCCACGACCACACCAGUGCAGAAUCCACACUUUCGCAACCGCAACGACGGUCACAGAGGAAAUCGCAGAGGAGGAAGAGGCAACAACAGAGGAAACAGAGGACAUUCCUCCUACAAUCGCAAUCCCUGGAAUGGACCACCGUUUUGGCCACCACAACCUCCAUACUGGAUGCCUCAAUACCCGCAGUGGCCACCAGCUCUGCGCUCAUUUCCUGCUCCACCACAGCAGGCCAACCUCGUUGAAUUUCCGUUGCAAGCUUACACCUCUGAAGCCAUCGCCGAUCCUUCUUCUACGGACUGGUACAUGGAUUCCGGCGCCACGGCACAUCUAGCCGCAGAUGCAGGACCUUCAAACACGGACAUCAAUGCUCCGAAGUGAUAGCUCCGGCGAUCUCUACUCUCUUCCUUCCACAAUCAAUAAAACGCCGGUAGCUUCCACAACUCUUUUGGCUACAACCCCCGAUCUAUGGCACAAACGCUUAGGUCACACAAAUAAUGCUUCUCUUUCUUCUAUUUUUCAAUUGAAUCCUAUGUUAUGUAAUAAAGGGAAACUUUCAUCUUCUUGCGAACCUUGUUUUUUGGGUAAAUCAAUAAAGCUUCCGUUUGUUGCUUCUGAAACUUUGGUUACUCAACCCUUUGACAUAGUCCAUUCGGACAUAUGGACAUCUCCCAUCCCUAGCGUGAGUGGUUUUCGUUAUUAUGUGUUGUUUCUUGAUCAAUUCACUCACCAUCUAUGGGUUUAUCCCCUUCGUCGUAAGAGUGACGUGUUUUCAAAGUUCCUUCAUUUUUCAAAUCUAGUUGAAAAUCAAUUUCACACUUCCAUCAAAAAUUUCCAGUGUGAUAAUGGGGGGGGGGAAUAUAACAACAAAGAUUUUCACAACUAUUUUAGCUCUAAAGGUAUAAAUUUCCGUUUUUCCUGUCCACACACUUCCCAGCAAAAUGGCCGUUCAGAGAGGAUGAUUCGAACCAUUAACAACACCGUUCGAACUCUCCUAUU